GACAAAACUCAAAACAAUCGCCGAGUGCAAUAGUUAAACAAAUAACGAAAUACAAUUUAACUCCCUGCAGGUGUACCGCGGUCGUUUUACUUUAUAUCGACUGGCAAUUCUUGCAGGCUUAUAGUCGGUUUAUCCACCACAUCAUAAUAUAUAUUUUGUAAUUUAAACGUGUACUGGGAUAGCACGCAUAUAUAGGUUAGGUAUAUUCCUAUAUCCUAUACAAUAUAUCCUAGAAAUGAAAUUCGUAACAACUAUUACUGCAGUAGUUUUACCACUGGUCCUGCUGUUUGAGAUCAAGCCGAUCAAUGCUCGUAUUUUGAGAUCCAUUUGGCAAAGUUUGACCAGUAAUAAGCCGGCCGAAAAUUACAACGCCCCGGUUUCUCAAGACAACGCAGCCAGAAGUGAAGACAUCGAUCAGCCUGGAGAUUUAGACGAUCGAUCAUUAUUUGUCGAUGGCACCAGUUUAGAUUUUGUCUUUUGGAACUCAGACCUUGGAAAUAAUAAAUCAAUAAUAUUUGAAUUUGGCAAUGAGAAACAAAUAAUCGAAUAUUGGAUUAGGGGUAAACCUUUAAUAGUCAUAACGCAUGGAUGGCGUGGAUCAGAUGAAGACGACAAAGGAGUGUUUGCUAUAAAAACCGCAUACGUGGAUAUUGGAGGAUUCAAUAUUAUCACCGCAGACUGGAAUCGAGUGGCAAAAAACUUACUGUACCCAAUGCCGGCCUAUUUAACCGUUCAGGUGGGUUCAAUAAUCGCAAAAUUGUUGGAAAAUUUUGUUAACCUUGCGGUGAUUGACCCGUCUGAUAUUCAUGUUAUUGGCCAUAGUCUCGGUGCGCAUGUGUCUGGGGCAUGUGGUGCUGCAUUCAGCCUUGGGAAAAUUGGCAGAAUUACAGGUCUAGACCCAGCUGGUCCUGGAUUCGAGUACGUGUCAUUGCGUUCAGACCAUUUAGACAGUACUGAUGCAACAUUUGUGGACGUGAUCCAUACGGCAACGGGGACAGCUGGAUACUCAAAACCCUUAGGACAUGCCGAUUUUUAUCCAAACGAGGGGAAACCCCCUCAACCGGGAUGUUUAGAAUCAUAUAAGCCGAGCGCGUUUGUAAAUCUCAUCGGUUGUAGCCAUUCCAGAUCGCAUCAAUUUUACACAGAUUCCAUUUACCAUAGAUACUCCAUGAUAGCUACAGAAUGUCCUUCGUGGGACGAGUAUACGAGUGGCGAAUGUAAAAAUAAUAGCAAAAGUCCUAUGGGACAUGACGCAGAUCCAAAAGCAAGUGGACUUUUUUAUCUGGAGACCAACGGCGUUGCCCCUUAUGGAAUGUCGACAGCUACACCAUGAAAAACUUAAACAAUUUACACUCUUACGUACAUACGGUUUUUUAUAUUUAUGUACAGUUUGUUUACUAUUGUCUCAUUCUAAUUUAAACUAAGAUGUGUAUGCUUAUGAUAUUUUUAAGAUUUAUGUCGAAUUAAUAAACAGUUUUUAAAUAUUUA